AUGAAUAUUGAGAUGUGUCAAUUCUGUUUAAUAAUUGUGCAUUUGAUUGAGGAGGAUACGAUUUAAACUUUUAUAUUGAGCACAGUGUUUCUCAUCAGUCUAAUCCAGGAACAAGAGAAUAAUUAUGUGACUGAAAUACCAUUCAACUUGCUGUUUUUCUUUAAUGUAAUAUUUUUGAUGGGCUUGCUCUUUAUGAAAUGGAAAUCACUUAAAUCCAACGAAGCCUACCUAGAACAAACCUUCAAGUAGAAAUCAUUAGAAUGUAUGUAUAUGACCACUACUUUCAUAGUAAAGGAAUCAAUAAACAAUAGAGAUUUGGUAAGCAAAUCCAAUCAAUAAUAAUCGGUUAGUUAGGAUAUCAAUGCUAUAAAAAUGGAAUGCAAUGAGGACGAAAUCGUUUUAUAGAAUGUGGCUUGGAUUCAAAAUCAAUCUGCUUUAGUCUAUAACAAAAAGCUUAACAUAGUUUAUUAGAAUAUAUUUUUAGGGAAAUUACUCAAGCAAUCGAAUUUGGAUGAACAAUAAACCCAAUAGUAAUCAAAACCAGAUUAUGAGGAGUUGUUCCUUGAUUGUUAGAUUUUGGUUGGAAGCAAAGAAUUGAUGGAAAUCAAUAGCAAUAAUAACGAUUAGUCUGUAAAUAGCGAUGGCUCAUUUUUGCUUAAUAGAGUGAAUGAUUAUCACAAAUGCCGGAUGAAGUCAAGUCUGACCAUCAGAGAUUUGAGUCUAAUGAUGCAAAACGAGAUCGAUAAAUGGCGACCGAGCAUGGUGACAUUGUUUAAAUUGAGGAGCGAAGUGUUCGAUUUUGAGAAUAUCCAAAUCAAGGCUUUUGUGAAUAAGGUCAAUGAAUCCUCCUAUCUGAUCUUCCUUUUUGAGCAGUAGCCUCCUCAAAGAAAGAAGGAAGACACCGCCUAACCAAUCAUCAACGUAUUCUCAACCUUUGUGCACGAAUCAGUAAGCUAUAUCAACUGUAUAUUAACCUUAAUUUUACUCACACAACAUGAACACGAGAACACUCUCAAAAUCUCAUUAAAGCAGCAUUAUUACAUGCCAAUAAGGAUGAUGAGUAUGAGAUAUAUCCUAUUUGUCAACAGCAUGAGGGAUUACAUCUUCUACAUAUAAAACUAGUUAUUCUUAAGAAUUUCAGCAUUCAAGGUGAAUGACUUGAUAGAAGAAUUACUAAUUGUCUAUGAAGACAACCUAAAAAUUAGAGAAGUGAAUUUAACAACAUCCAUAGAUCUGAGUGACAAUAAUCAAGUCAUAUUCAGCGAUUUAGAUAGAUUAAAAUAAAUUCUAGCAUGUUUAUUCUCCUAUUGUUUGAAAUACACAUCUGCAUCAUAAUUAAAAUUAGAUAUCAAAAGUUAUACUGUCAGCGGUAUUAUGGUAUCUUUUAAAGACAGCAUGAUAGCUAAAGAUGAAAAUAUGAGAAAAUCAAUAACCAAUUUAGUUAGACUUCUCAAUUCUACUCUUAAAAUGGCUUCAUUUUAUGAUGUUGAUCUUAACAACCCAUUGGAAUUAUAGAUCUGUGUUAUUUUAUGUUGGUAAUUGUCUGGUACAUUCAAAAGAGGUCUCGAAUUCUUGUAUGAUAGUUAGGGAUAUGGUACCUUCACUUUUGUAAUUGAAUCUUAAACCAACCAAUAAAGAAUGUAAUCUCGUCAAGAUACAGGCCCAAUCAAAAUAUUAGGUCAAAGAAAAUAUUAUGAAACAUCAUUAUCAUUAUUAUUGGCUUAAGAUAGCAGUGGCUAUAGAGAGGAAUCUAAAUAUUUUUCAUUGACAUAAUUAUCAAAACAAUUCUCAAUGAAACCUGGAGAUCCAUUUGAUGUUUAGAGUGCUUAUUUUUCUUAGAUUUCAAGAAUAAAAUAGGAUUCUUCUAAUUCCAAAUAAGUAUAAAAUUCUGGAUCCGUUCCAAAACAAUCCAAAGAAUAGAGCAAUAGCUUUUCAGGAACUUGGAAAUAAGGGUUUCCUGAUACAAUAUAAUAGACAUAUAAAAAAACUAGAAAUGAGAAAAGUGAUUCAUAACAUGAUUCAAUGAAGACACAUUCUAAUUUUGAUUUUGGCGCAGAGUUGAGCAACCCUUCCAUUCAUCCUCCAGAAUUAACACCAAAAUUAUUGUCAUCAGUGAUUAAAUACAGACUUAGAUUGACUUGUUGUGCCAAAGUGUUGAUAGUGGAUAAUGAUCAUUAUAGUGUUUUCUCAUUGCAAAAGGUUUUGGAGAAAUACAAUAUCAAAUGUGAUAAGGCCUUUAAUGGGAUCGAGGCUUAAAAAUUAAUAUAGAAUAAGUAGAACACGCCUUGCCAUUGUGGAAACAGAUCUUAUCUGCUAUAUUUUAUUGAGUUUUAUUUGCCAAUUUUAUCAGGGAUCGAUUUAGUGAGAUCUCUUAAGGAGUAAAUGAGAAAUAGUCUGAUAGACAAGGGAUACGUGAUAAUCAUAGCCACGUUCGUAGAUCUGAAUUCAAAAUUGGAGUGUUUCAAGAAUGGAGCAGAUUAUUUCAUCACCAAGCCUUUCGACCUGAUUGACAUAGGGGCAGCAGUCUAAUAUUUAGAUUUUUGA